GGCCGUCCGAUUGGGCCAGCGCCGCUGUCGCCUCGGUCGCUAGGCAACGGUUUCCAUGGUGAACGGAAUCCACACACUGCAGAGGCUGAUGGAGACUAAGAGGAGGCCUUCCUAAGACGAUUGAGGGGCCAACACGAAGCAGCUCAGUGUUCCUAGAAGAGGAAGAAGAAUGGCAUUUGCACCUCCGAAAUACCUGGAGGGCCCCAAGAUGCAAACCAAGAUGAGCACAUGGACACCGCUAAAUCACCAGCUCAUGAAUGAUAAAGUAUUUGAAGAGAGAAGAAACUUGUUAGGAAAAUGGUUCGACAAGUGGACGGACGUUCAGAGGCGGAGGGUCUUAGGUGAUUUCCUAGAGCGCUGCUCCCCCUCGCAGCUCAAGUUCUGCUUCAAGCACCUGCAGGAGCGGAUGCCGGUCGAAGCGCUGGAUUUUACCGCCAAGCUUCCCAGGGCCUUGUCCCUCUACAUCUUUUCCUUCUUGGACCCCUGGAGUCUCUCCCGAUGUGCCCAGGUUAGCUGGCACUGGAAAUCCUUGACAGAGCUGGAUCAGAUCUGGAUACCAAAAUGUCUGCGUUUUGGGUGGUACAUCAACUUCUCCCCGUCGCCCUUUGAGCAAGGGAUCUGGAAGAGGAACUAUAUUGAGAAUGUGGAAGCGCUCCAGGUCGUCCGGCAUAAGGUCCCACCCAAAGAGGAUUUUGUGGUGGCGGAUGUUCAACCAGUGGUGCAAGAGACCCCAGAGGCCAAGCCCUCCUUGUUUUCGGCUCUCCAGGCUGUGUCUCUCUUAGGAAAGAAGGCAGGAAAGGAGAGGAAGGAGCUCCCUCCAUGGCGCUCCUCAGAUAAGCAUCCGACAGACACCGUCAGGUUCAAUUACUUGGACAACUUUGAUCCCAUUGAGCAAGCGAGACAAGCCAGAAAGAAAGGAGGGGGGCUGACCCCAGACCUCAGCCUCGCAGCCUUUCAGAAGAAAAGGAGACCAAACAGUGGAACGUACAAACUCCGGAAAGCCAAGUCCUUGCAGCCCGGGGCUGUGGCGCCAAGAAUGCAGGAAUGUAGGAACCAGAUGUCCCUCUCUGUUGAUCUCAGAUCGCAGCCGAAAACUCCCUCCCGCCCCACCUGGGCCACCUUUGAGCCAACCGGCUACCCUUUGGCCAAAGCAACGGCCAAGGCCCUCGCCCGGAGCGCCCAGUGGAAUGCUGGGAUACGGCCGGGGCCGGUUUGGGGACCAGUCCCAAAGCUGAGCGAGAGAGGAAAGAAGGCCUUUGUCCGGACCAGCCGGAGCUCACCGACCUCGCCCCUCUUUGAGAGCCAGCCCUGGGAGAUCCCGCUGUCCGGACAUGGGUCUGAUGUGGAACAAGACAACAGAGAAAGGCUUUCCAUCUUCUCAGCAUCACCGUUGAAAGAACUCCCAAAAGAAAAGGAUCAUGCAAUGUUUGUGGCCGAAAGGCAGCUUCUCCUGUUAAGAAUUGAUGACUUGGAGGCCUCUCAUUCAUAGGACCGCCGUAAGUCAAAUUAACCAUGGACACCACACAUUGAUCAUGUCUUUGUUUCCAGUACGACGGACGAAAAGGACAGCCUGGACUUAAACCUUUGCUCACUUAAGAACUUAUUACCACUUGGCCUUGGACAAGUCACAAGCUUUCAGAUGUAAAUUGCAAGAGGUGGCCCCAGCCUCACAGGAUUGUUGUGAAACUUACAAAGAUUCUCAUAAUGUGAUGCUAUCAAUGUCUACUCCAAAGUAAGUCUCCCUGUGGCCAAUAGGGCUGUUUAGUGAUUGUAGGAUUUGGAACCCAAACUUAUGAGUAUGAUAUAGGAGUCAGCCUGGUGUAGUGGUUUGAGCAUUGGACUAUGAUUCCGGGUUUGAGUCCCUUCUUAGCUGUGAAAACCCUCUUAGGCCCCUUCUACACUGUCAUAUAUAACCCAGAUUAUCAAAUAAUCCACAUUAUUAUGAUUAUAUCAGUCUACUUCCCAUAUAAUCCAUUUCACUUCAGCAGUGUAGAAGGAGCCUCGGUCUCAGAGGAAGACAAAGGCAACUUGCCUCUGAACAAACCUAAGAAAACCCCGUUUACCUUAUAGAAUUGUCAUAAAUCAGAAACACAGGAAGGCACAGAAGAACAAUAGUUUGUUAUUGGAGGGAUCUAGUUUGAAUGUGGAAUAAGAAGAGCAGGGAAAUGCUUUUUUUCAUUUUGGGUAUAUGGUAAACAAGAACAUUUCAUACGACAUGAAUAAACACAAUUGUCUUUCCAAAUUUGCCUGAGUCAGGAUCACACUGAUGGGUUUUACAUCUCCCCCUUACAAUUCUCUGGCUCUUUCCUAUAUUUGGUCAGUCACCUUUCCCUUCCUUGUCUCUAAUCUGUGGAUACCAAAGGGUGACUGUACAGCUCAAAUAACGAGUAUCAUGGGGAUGGGACCCAAGUCUAGAGACGAAAUCCAUGCCAUCUGAAGACAAUCUUAGAAAACCUAGACAUUCCCAGAGAUGUAUUCUCUCUAGAUAUCUUGAGUCCUCCAGUCAUACUGAAAGAGCCAGAAAAAACAUUUUCAAUCAAAUCCAUUAACAGUCAGAUCUGCAAAAAUCAAAACCGUAAAUUGGGAGGCUGAUUAUUGUCGGAAGGGACCUCAAUGCCAUAUAGUCCAUCACCACAACCUGUGUUUAAAUAUUUGCAUUUUAUUUAUAUAGGAAUUGGAGCCCCUGGUGGUGCAGCGUGUUAAAGCACUGAGCCGCUGAACUUGCAGACCGAAAGGUCGCAGGUUCGAAUCCGGGGAGCAGAGUGAGCGCAUGCUGUUAGCCCCAGCUUCUGCCAACCGAGCAGUUCGAAAACAUGCAAAUGCAAGUAGAUCAAUAGGUACCACUCCAGCGGGAAGAUAACGGAACUCCAUGCAGUCAUGCCAGUGGCCACAUGACCUUGGGAAUGUCUACGGACAACGCCGGCUCUUUUGCUUAGAAAUGGAGAUAAGCACCAACCCCCAGAGUUGGACACGACUUGACUUAAUGGCAGGGGAAAACCUUUAACCUAUAUGAAUUGUUUUUCCACGAAUUUUGUGAUUCUGCUCCUCUAUAUAAAACAGUGCCUUCUACUUCAGGACAUUGGGCAGCUUUGUGCCUUCCGAGCAGUUCAGAAAUGACAAUAUGCUGAAUGCUUUCCAAAACUCUCUUUUUAAAGUUGCAUUAUUCUGCUGCAUAGACUUGCUUUUGGAUGGGUUGGGGUAUUGUACACGUGUGUGUGUUGGGAGUUGUGUGCCUCCAUGUGGCCAGAUGCCUUCAAUGCAUCCCUGCAUUAAUGCACAGCAGGUCUUUGUGUCUAGGAAAGUAGAAGUGAUGGAAGGAGUCUAUUGAUACACAUUCUAUUGCAAUGCAAUCCAAAGGAGUGGUUCCUGCAUCAGGGUCGGUCACCAAGCCAUUGGCUGCCAGUCUGCAGAGAAUUUCUGGAUUGGAAAAAGUUUAUUGAUUGAUUGAUUUUAACGCAAUAUCAUUCUCAACUACAGCAGAGAAAAACAGGAAGCGACAGAGAAAAGGGAAGAGAUACACAUAUAGGAAGGUACAAUAUAUAUGAUUAAAACUGAACUAAAAUUAAAACACAAUAUUAAAACCCUAGCUAAAACAGCAAACACUAACUAUAACACUAUAACACUAUAGUAUAGGCAAAACCUAGAUUUGCUUUUUGACGUUUUUCCCCAAAUAUUUUUGACCUGUGGUGGGUCGGAUCCAUGGAUAUGAAAAGUCAUCUAUACUAUUUUACCAUCACAGAUCUGACUCAAUAGACCUAUUAGAAUUCCUAAGAACCACAGCCCAAACAAUUGCCUCCAUAAACACGUUCUAGUUUUUCACGAAGUCUUUCAUUGGUUUUCAGACCCACCUCAGUUCUAUAAUUUGGGUUUACACAAGUGAAUGAGGAGGUAAACUGGCCAGUACUUGUUUCCAUUCCUCCAAGUGAUAUCUAAAUAACCAUUGGAGUCUUCCAUGUGACAGAUGUCUCCAUUCCUUGGCUGCUUUCUUCUUCCCAUCACUCAGUAGAAGACCUUCUCCAGAUAGGUGUUCAAGAACAUCCCUCUGGGGUCGAGCUUCUCCCGGAUGGCGCAGAACUUCGGGAAGCUGGGGUACAUCUGCUCAAAGUCUCUCCGGACACAUGUGUGGGCCUGGCGGCAAAAGACACAAUGUUAGGGUGGUUACCUUCUAUCUCCCUGAAUCAUCCAUCCACAGACCAUGUCCUACCAAAAAAAGAACCACGGUGGAUGCAUGUAGACCAGACAUGGGCCAACCUCAGCUCUCCAGAUGUUUUGGAUGUCAACAGCAGGCUGUUAGGAAGUCCAAAACACCUUGAGAACUGAAGUUGACCUACGCCUGGUCUUGAUAUACCCUCAAUCAAUGGUCAGAAAGUGGAAAUAGACUUUGCUUAAGUACCAAAUCUAUUGUUGGAUGGUAAGUGGACGUGAAAAUAAAUCCUGAUGAUGAUGUUGAUGACAUUAUUAUUAUUAUUAUUAUUAUUAUUAUUAUUAUUAUUAUUAUUAUUAUUAUUUCCCUCUUAAACCAGACUCAAAAUAGUUUCAAUUAUUCAGUAGAUCUAUUGGGACUCACAACUUAACAAAGACCAGGUUUCGGGAAUGUACGACCCUUAGGAUGUGGAACUGUGAAAUUUUAUUCAUUCUUAUUAUCGACUGGGGUUAAUGGAAAUUGCAGUAUGUUAAUAUCUUGAAAGGCCACAUCUAUAUAUAUAAAAGAAUAAUAAAAUUUCGGCCUAGGACAAAACAACAAAACUACACAUCCCAGAAACACUAAACUUGGCAGCACAACCCCUCAUCCAUGCCUCUAGGUUCAUACAACAAAAAGUAAAGAAAAAUAAAGUCCUAAUUAGAGGGAGAGGAAUAAUUGUUUUUAUCCAAUUGCUGCCAGUUAGAAGGCUAAGCUUGGUCUCCUAGCAACCCACUCACCCCAGGGGACAGGCAGAGUUAGGCCCCACUUAAGCCUCUUCCACACUGCCUGUAAAAUACAGAUUAUCUGAUUUUAACUGGAUUAUAUGGCAGUGUAGACUCAAGACUCUUCCACACAGCUAUGUAACCCAUUUAUAAUUUUAUAUUAUCUGCUUUCAACUGGAUUAUCUUGACUCCACACUGCCGUAUAAUCCACUUCAGUGUGCAUUUUAUCCAGUUGUGUAGAAGGGGACUCAUAGAAGGGGACUUAAUGUCAGGGAAAAACUUUUACCCUUUACCUUAACUACCACCAAUUCCUCAAUACUUUAUUUCCCAUACCACCAUACUUCGCCACAGCAACACGUGGCCGGGCACAGCUAGUAUCUUUAUAGUACUCUCCAGCAGCCUCUAAUAUAUAUAGGUCAAAAUCAUUAAAAAGGCAGCACUACACUAUGUAACAAAAUUUGAAAAAUGUUCCUGUCCCUGGUUUGAAAGUGUUAUUUCUUGUUUAAUUGUGCAUUCCUUAAUUUGAAGUAAUUAUUCUACUCCAGGAAUUUUGUUUUUGUGGCUGGCACAAACUAUAUUGAAUUGGUUGAGAUUCUGAAAUACUCAUUGAAAAACUAUUGCAAAGUGUGCUACAAGAUGCCCUGCAAGAACAAAGUUUUUGCAGUUUAAUAACCUUUUCCAUGUUUUUAUGAUAGGAAAUGAUAUUUAUAACCCAGGAAAACAAAUCGUGUCACAUAGUACUGUGGCUCUGGGGACAAGGCUUUGGUUUCCCCGUUAGCCACAGAAACCCACUGGGUGAUUUUGAGCAAGUCAAACUCUCUCAUCUCCAGAAAACCUAGUGAUAGGUUCACUUUAGAGUUGGCAUAAAUCAGAGACAACUUGGAUUUGAACUCUGAUUUCCAGAGUCCUAGUCCACAUCACUACACGACACUGAUUUGCAAUAGCAGAAGUUCCAUAGGAUUUCUUUUUGAGAUAAGAAAGGGUUCCUCAUAUGUGUCUCUGGAACGCACAUGUGUGAAAGAGAGGGAGGAAGAUCUCAUGCAGCUGCAGGGCAAACGAAGCUGCCCUGAACAAUCUUAAUUAAUGGGCAAAUGGUGCAAGCAUCACCAUUGGUUGCGUUCCUCUCCUUGCUCAUCAAUGAAGGUUCCCAGGUGCUGUGUUAAAAAACUAAUUAGUUUUACGCAUGCAGAAACAUGUUUAGAACAACUGCACAUAGGAAGAAGGUUUCUCAUCUAUCUUUGGAAAGCUGGAGAGGCAGAUGGGGAACUUUGUCCUAUGGAGAAGAAAGUGACAGCUCACGCUAAAAGGUUUGAAAACAGAUCAAAAUGACAGCUUGAUGUUAUUUGUCCUCUGAAGUCAAAUGUAAAUUUCUGGAAAAACAUGCUCUCUUAAUUUUUUGAUCCAUUUCUUGAAUAUGUCAUUUAGAUUUCCUUCCUCUCUUUCUCUUUCCCCUUCUUCCUCUCCUCACUUUGAAUAAAAAAGUUAUCACCCUCCUAUA